AUGCGUUACUCUACUGCCGCCGCCGCUCUCCUGGCCUCUGGUGCCAUGGCCACCGAGGUCUCCAAGGUCUACGAGACCAAGCGAGUUACCAUCACCUCUUGCGGUCCUGAGGUCACCAACUGCCCUGCUCGAUCUACUGUCACCAGCAACACCGUUUACCCUGUUCCUCCCCAGGUCACCUCUGCCGAGCAGGGCAGCGAGACCACCGAGGAGGUCCCUGAGGUUCCUGAGACCACUGAAGCUCCUGAGCUUCCCUUGACCACCUCUACCAUCUACUCUACCAACAUCAGGACUAUCACCUCUUGCGGUCCCGAGGUUCCUGACUGCCCCGCCCGAUCUGGUACUCCUGUCGUUGUCACCGAGACCAUUGCUGUCUCCACCACCAUCUGCCCUGUUGAGCCUACCGGUGGUAGCGAGAAGCCCGGCCAGCCUGAGAAGCCCGAACAACCUGGAAAGCCUGAGCAGCCUGAGAAGCCCAGCCAGCCCGGUUACGAGCAGCCUCCCGCUCCUCCUGCUGAGACCAAGCCCGUUGAGACUCAGCCCGGCUAUGAGCAGCCUCCCGCUCCUCCUGCUGAGACCAAGCCCGUUGAGACUCAGCCCGGCUACGAGCAGCCUCCUGCCCCUCCUGCCGAGACCAAGCCCGCUCAGCCUGAGCACCCCGGCAAGCCUGGCAAGCCCGUUGUCCCCGGACAGCCCCAGAACCCCGGUAACGGCACCAUCCCUCACCCUCCCGUCUACCCCAACCCUCCCGCUACUCAGAGUGGUGAGAAGCCCGUUGUUCCUCCCACUCCUGUCCCCGUCCCCGGCAACCCUGAGCAGUGCGUUCCCUCUCAGUCUGUAACCGCCAUCACCAAGGAGUACACCACUGUCCUCACCAGCGUUGAGUACUCUACCAUCCAGGUUCCUUGCCCUACUGGCACCACUCCCGGCAACCCUGGAAACCCCGGCAACCCUGGCCAGCCUGAGGCUCCUACUGGACCUGCUGUCCCUCCUCCUGCCAACACCCCCAUUGGCGGUGGUAACCAGACUGUUCCUACUCCUCCUGCCGUUACUGCUGGCGCUGCUACCUUCGCCGGCUCUGCUUUCUUCGCUGCCGUCGCUGGUCUCGCCGCUUUCAUCCUGGUCUAA